CCCAGGGCGGGUGUCUCGUGCUUCAGAUUUAUAGAUAUAGGUGUAAACCUAACAGAUGGCAUGUUCAGGGGAGUCUACCAUGGAUCUCAGAAGCACCAGGAUGACUUUACCGACAUGUUAAAGAGAGCAGUAGACGUUGGCGUAAAAAAGCUCAUCGUAACCGGCGGAAGUUUAGAAGACAGUACGCAGGCACUGGAACUUGCCAACUCGAAUGACUUGCUGUACGUUACUGUGGGCUGUCAUCCAACACGAUGCCAGGAGUUUGAGAAACAUGGAGUAGAUGGAUACGUUAGCAAUUUAUUGAAACUCAUCAAUGACAACAAGGGAAAGGUGGUAGCCGUUGGCGAGUGUGGCCUCGACUACGACAGACUCCACUUCUGUCCCAAGGACACGCAGCUGAAGUACUUUGAGAAGCAGUUUGAUCUCGCCGAGGUGACGCGACUCCCGAUGUUCCUGCACAAUCGCGGCUCUACCGACGACCUGGUCUCCCUGCUACGCAAGCAUCGACACCGGUUCACCGGCGGAGUUGUGCACUCAUUUGACGGAUCGAUGGAAGACGCCAAGAAGAUUCUGGACCUGGAUCUAUACAUUGGCAUCAAUGGCUGCUCGCUAAAGACACAGGAGAAUCUUGCUGUCAUGUGCUCCAUACCGACCGAUAGGCUUAUGAUAGAGACAGACGCCCCCUGGUGUGAAGUCAAGGCAACACACGCAGGAUACAAGCAUGUGAAGACAACAUUUCCAUCGAAGAAGAAGGACCGGUGGCAGGAGGGUCAGUGCGUGAAGGGGAGGAACGAGCCGGCAAACAUCGUUCAGGUGCUAGAGGUGAUGUCAGGUGCCCGUGGCACGAGUGCAGACCAACUCUGCGAUGCCCUGUACGAAAACACGGAGAAACUUUUCUUCGGCAAAGACACCUGAUCGGAGAACGACAACAUCGCAUGUGAACCUACUGAUUACAGCUUCACGGUACAUGAAUGCAUCGAGAAUUUUCUAUGGCCUCACAGCAGUAGAGUUGGAUACAGGAUAUAUGCACCUGCUGUUUUUGCUUCUAUGGCCUCACAGCUUGUGGAUGUGUGUAAUAGAACAGUGGC